ACAAAGCAGUAAACUCCGGUGUCCGCAUAGCACUCCGUGCGCGAUCCCAUCUCCUCCAAUCGCAGAGGACCAACACUUUGAAUGACUCCAUUGCUGCACACAUCUGCCCUUUGUUCUUCUCCUCCUCCUCUCUCAACGCUGACCGCUGACCCUAUCGCUUACUCCUUUCUUGCGUCUUUUCUUGGCAGAGUAGAGCGGCUUCUUCUCCGCUGGACCGGCAGCAACUGCUUAGGAGACAGCGGGAAGAUGGCCACGGCGGAGCCGAUCAUGAACGCCUCGCUCGUCCCGGACUCCGAGCUCAUUUCUCGGGCCGUCCAGGCCGCCUGUGGGACCAUCCGCGCCGCCCGUGACGUCCUCGUCGAGCGCCACAGCUUUGCCGAGCUGGCCGCCUACCUGGACCGCGUCGUCCCCAUCCUCGACCAGCUGAAGGCCACGACGCCCGCCGCGAACCGUGACGGCACCCUCGCCGACGCCGCUGGGAUCCUCGCCCGCGAGGUCGAGGCCGCCCGGGCUCUCGCCCUCGAUUGCGGCAAGCGCAACCGCAUCUAUCUCCUCCUCAACUGCCGCCGCAUCGUCACCCGCCUUGAGUCCGCCACCAGGGAGAUCGGCCGCGCCAUUAGCCUCCUCCCCCUCACUUCCCUCGAUCUCUCCUCCGCGAUCCGCGACGAGGCCAAGCUUCUCAGCGAUUCCAUGGUCCGGGCCGAGUUCCGGGCCGCCGCCGCCGAGGAGGAAACCCUGCGAAAGUUGGAGUCGGCCAUCCAGGAGCACAACUCCGACCGGUCCUACGCGAACAGCCUGCUGGCCCUCAUCGCGGACGCCGUGGGGAUCUCCAAGGACCGUACCGUUCUCAAGAAGGAGUUCGCGGAGUUCAAGGAGGAGGUAGCGGAGGCCAAGCUGCGGAAGGACCUCGCGGAGGCGAUUCAGAUGGAUCAGAUCAUUGCCCUGCUCUCUAGGGCGGACGCCACCUCGUCAUUCAAGGAGAAGGAGGUGAAGUAUUACAGCAAGAGGAACUCGUUGGGGAGCCAGCCAUUGGAGCCCCUCCAGUCCUUCUACUGCCCCAUUACCCGUGACGUGAUGGAGGAUCCCGUGGAGACUUCUUCUGGGCAGACCUUCGAGAGGAGCGCGAUUGAGAGGUGGUUCGCGGACGGCAACACCACUUGUCCGCUCACCAUGACACCUCUCAACACCGGCUUCCUUCGGCAUAACAUCACUCUUAGGAAGUCCAUCGAGGAGUGGAAGGAGAGGAACAACAUCAUAAUUAUCUCUUCGAUGAAGUCCAAGCUCAGUUUGGACGACGAGGUGGUGCUCAGGAGCUUGGCCCAGCUGCAGGAGCUCUGUGAGGAGAAAUUUUCGAAUAGGGAGUGUGUGGUGAUGGAGGAUUACUUGCCAAUUCUUGUCGGAUUGCUUGGAAGGAAUAACUCACAGAUAAGGAAUCACACACUCUAUAUUCUUCGAUUAUUGGUGGAAGACAGCGAUGAUAACAGGGAAAAAAUAGCUGAAGUGGACAAUGCCAUUCAAUCCAUUGUGAAAUCUCUUGCACGGCGCACCGAUGAACGUAAAGCAGCAGUAGCGUUGCUGUUGGAGCUAUCAAAAAAUAAUGCAAUUUGCGGCCAUAUUGGAAAGGUACAAGGCUGCAUUCUUCUACUAGUGACAAUUAUAAACAGUGAUAACAACCAAGCUGCUGAUGAUGCUAGAGAGCUUUUGGAGAAUCUUUCUUUUCUAGAUGACAACGUAGUGCUGAUGGCAAAGGCUAACUAUUUUCAGCCACUGCUCCGGUGUCUUAACUCAGGUCCAGAGUAUUUGAAAAUGAAAAUGGUAAAAGCAUUAGCUGAAAUGGAAUUAACUGAUCAUAGCAAGGAGACCUUGUUUAAAGAGGGAGCAUUGCAGCCACUUCUUCAGAUGCUCUCAUUAAGUGAUGCAGAUGGAAAAAGAAUGGCCAUUAAGGCUAUUCAGAAACUCUCCAGCUUUGGUCCUAAUGGUUUACAGAUCAUCAGGGACGGAGCAAUUUCACCACUUCUUGACCUACUAUUCCAGGCAAUACCAGCAUCUUCCAAUCUAAGAGACCAAGUUGCAGCUACUAUUUUGAAUAUCACUGUAUCAGCCGCUGCCUUGCAAACCAAUGAAGCCCUGAGUAUUCUGAAAUCAGAUGCUGAAAUUUCUCGGCUCUUUUCCUUGGUGAUGCUGACUGGGCCAACUAUACAACAAAGCAUUCUAGGAACAUUUUAUGCGCUGUGCCAGCUUCCAUCAGCGAAGGACAUGAGAACUAAGUUGAGGCAGUUUUCUGCAGUCCAAUUAUUAAUUUCACAAUGUGAGCACAGAGAUCUUUCUGUAAGAGCAAGUGCUGUUAAACUGCUAUCUUGCCUCAUGGAAGACGGAGAUGAUAAUGUGUCAGCUGAAAGUGUUACUCAAAGGUGUCUGGAGACUUUGCUUUCCAUUAUCAAAACCUCUAAGGAUGAGGAAGAGGUAGCUGCUGCAUUGAGAAUCAUUUCUGAUCUUCCUAUAGGGUACACCCAUGUAACUCGAUGGAUUGCAGAUGCUGGAGCAAUAACAGUAUUUGUCAGUUAUAUUAGAGAUGCAAAGCUUAGUGGGCCCUUCAGGAAUAAGUUAAUAGAGAAUGCUCUUCGAGUUUUGUGCCGUUUCACAAUGUCAACAAAUCCAGAAUGCCAGAAAAUAGCCGCUAAGUCUGGAUUGAUCCCCUUGCUUGUCCAGUUGUUGGGAUCUGGCACUCCAGCUGCAAAACGAUAUGCAGCUACUUUGCUAUGUCAGUUUUCAGAGAGUUCACUCAGCCUGAGCAGGCUGGUAGAGCGACAUGGAGGUUUCUGGUGCUUUGCACCCCCACCUGAAAUACGAUGCCCAGUGCACAAUGGUGUUUGUUCAGCGGAGACAUCAUAUUGUCUUUUGGAAGCAGAUGCCAUAGGACCACUUCUGAGUUUGCUUGGAGACUCAGAUUCCAGCAUUUGUGAUGCCGCUCUAAGUGCACUCUCAACACUCAUAGAGGGCGAAAGGCUGCAAAGUGGCAGCAAGGUACUUCAUGAGUCAAAUGGCAUUGCACCCAUUGUAAAAGUUCUGAGCUCUCGGUCAACUGAGUUGCAAGAGAAGGCACUUAACGUUUUAGAGAGGAUUUUUCGACUGCAAGAGUAUAAGCGGAUCUAUGGUGCUUUAGCACAGAUGCCUUUGGUUGACAUAACUCAAAGAAGCAACGGUCCUGUUCGAGCUUUGGCAGCUAGAAUACUUGCUCAUUUGGAUGUGCUUCAUGAUCAAUCUUCCUAUUUCUAAGAGGCAGUUAUUUAGAUGCCAGGAUAAAGCUCAGUUCCAACUGAGUGGUAUAUCCACAAAAGUUCAGUUCAACAUUCCAUGCUUCAUUUGGGUCACAUGAUAACUUGGAAAGGGAUGAAUGUGGUUUGUAUCACGUUAAAGCCAUCUGGAGGACUUGGUGAGACAAUUCUCAUUGAGCACACCGAAACAAGAAAGCUAGCCAGUGCGUGCUCCUAUCACACACAUCAAUGCUGUUUUUAUGUGGAAAAGAAAGAAAACCAAGUUCACCCUGACAAAACUUUCAGCAUGAUAGCUCACAUUUGUCGCACAAUCUAACCGCUUAGAGCUUUUGACAUGGUUGAAGAAAGAUAUUGGGUAGCACGGUGUUUCUCAACUUGGCGACUGUUAAAGCUAUCGGUUAUUUCUUUAGGAAGGAACCAGAAGUUUUAUGUACAAUGUUGCACAUGCAAUCCACAUUUCAGGUAUCUUCAACUUCUAGCCCAUUCUUUGAAGAGUCAACGUAAAUUUGCUUCUUCAUGAAUGAAUAAAAUGUGUCUAUUUUGUUUCUUCUUCAACAUUCUAUUUUGAGAUUAUUGAUAAAUUUAUGCCCAUAUGAAGCUAAUGAUGCCUAUCUCAACAUGCUGAUUGCUGAUAUUAGGUGUGAAAAUUUUCAUACCUUGUUCUAUCA